AUGUCCGCGCGAGACAAGAGGAUCCUGACCAAAGACAGUGUCAGCCUGCUGCCCUGCUUCUAUUUCGUGGAGCUGCCCAUCCUGGUGUCGUUCGUGGUCAGCCUGUACUUCCUGGAAUGGACCGAUGUCUUCAAACCGGCCAAGUCGGGAUUCACCUGCCACGACAGGAGCCUGAGCCUGCCAUACAUCGAGCCCACGCAUGAGGUCAUCCCUCUGCUCAUGCUGCUCAGCCUGGCCUUCGCUGGACCUGCCAUCACCAUCAUGAUCGGGGAGGCCAUCUUGUUCUGCUGUGUGUCUCGGAGGAGAGGAGGAACUGAGGCUAACAUCAACGCAGCAGGGUGUAACUUCAACUCCUUCAUCCGCAGGGCCGUGCGCUUUGUCGGAGUGCAUGCAUUUGGACUGUGUGCGACGGCUCUCAUCACAGACGUACUGCAGUUGAUGACAGGAAGUCCCGCCCCUUACUUCCUGACCGUGUGCAAACCAAACUACACCAGUCUGAACGUGAGCUGUGAGCACAACCCCUACGUCCUGGAGGACAUCUGCUCUGGGCCCGACCCAGCCGCCAUCACCCAGGGCAGGAAGUCGUUCCCUUCUCAACACGCCACGCUUGCAUCGUUCGCAGCCGUCUAUGUUUCGAUGUACUUUAACAGCACCCUGACUGACUCGUCCAAGCUGCUCAAGCCUCUGCUAGUCUUCUCCUUCAUCAUUAGUGCCAUCAUCUGCGGCCUGACCCGGAUCAUCCAGUACAAAAACCACGCGGUGGACGUUUACCUGGGCUUCCUGCUGGGAGGAGCCAUCGCCGUGUACCUGGGCGUGUUUGCUGUGGGAAACUUCCAGCCCAGUGACGACAGCUGUCCUGCUCCUGUGCAGCCCCAGAGACCCCCCUGCUCCCUGCCCCACAUCAGCCAGGAGGCCGUCAUGCACCACAUGCAGUUGAAGGCCAUGGCCGGAGAAGCACUACUGCCCACCUCUCACUCUGAGGGUCUGCUCCACCGGGGCCUCCCCCAGCAGCGGCCUGACGACGGGCUUAAAGCUCACCCUGAAGGGGGCACUCUGUCCCCCCGCAGCACUCAGAGUAAAGAGGCCUACAUGGCCUUCAGCCACACCCUGCCCCGCGUGCACACACCCCAGGCCAUCGCCGCGUACGAGGAAGCCGCCCGCCGACAUGCUGCCACCCUCCACCACGCCUCCAUGGACUCCAGCCGCUCAAAACAGCUCCUGUCUCAGUGGAAGAGCAAGAACCACAAGUGCUCCCUGCAGGUUCCUGAUUCUUUCUCCUCCUCCCUGGACUCGUCCUCAGGGCAGUCCUCACAGCAUCCCCCUCACCACGGCAGCAUGGACCACCUCCACCCCGGCUCAGAGCCGCCCGCCAUGGGCCUAAAUGGAGGCUUUGACUGUCAUUCGUACAUGUCCAAGCUAGCUGCAGGCACUAGCACAACCUUACCCAGUAACUGUAGUGGCAUCACUGGAGGUGCCAGGAUCGCCAUGCAGUCCCGGCCAGGAUCUUCUCAGCUUGUUCACAUUCCAGAAGAGGCUCAUGAAAACUACAACUCCUCCCCGAGGUCAAUGCCCGGAGGAGCACCGGGCGACAGCACAGGCGCUGGUGCAGGGCAGGCCAAUUGGCAGAAGGCUGCUGAGAAGACCUGCCGGACUAUUGAUGCUCCACCCAGGAUUAUGCAGGUGAUCGCCAUGUCCAAACAGCAGGGCCUGCUCCAAACCUCCAAGAGCCUAGACGAGAGCAGUAUAGGCACCACCACGCCCUGUCAGGGCCCCCCACGAUACAGAGCACUCACUGACCAAGACAGCUCCAGCAUGUCCGGAAGCACAGGCGCCAUUGUCCGAAUAGAAGCCCAUCCAGAAAACAGCAAACCCGUGAUCCAGCCCCCUUCGACAGAUGGGAGUGGGUCGUGGAGGUGGCGUUCCCUGGACCACGGCACAGGCACUCGGGCAGGAGCCACCCUGGAGCCCGGAGGAUGCCCGGCAGGUCUCAGGCAGUCCUUUGAGAUGAAUGAUCUGAACCGCGACUCUGAGAGCUGCGAGUCGGGCUCUAUGGACAGGAAACGGCCUAAUCACGUAGUCACCACCUCCGCUGCGGCCUGCACCCCUCCUGUAGUGACGGUGCACACACAGAGCACCUCGGGCCAGGCUGAGCAAAGGCCCCAUCCUGCCGGACUCUCCACCAUACGAGUGACUCCAGGAGAUGGGGGGUCUACAGCGGGGGCAGGGGGAGAGAGUGCUUCUGAGACCCCCUCAGUCGCGUCCAGUCGAGAGUCCACGCUCCGGAGGAAGGCCAAUAACGUGAUCCUCAUCCCCGAGAGGGCCAACAGUCCAGACAGCACCCGCAAUAUCUUUUACAAGGGCACGUCCAUAACUCCAGCUUUUAAGGAGUAA